AAUGGCGAUUACCUUAUCUUUUUACGUCUUAAAUGUGGAACGCUAAACGUUGAUUUUUGUCCAUAAAAGUAAAAAUAAAAAACACUUUAAAUUGGGCAGCAAGCAUCAAUUUGUAAGAGAAAACAAAUAAGCAUUAAAUAGAACAACAGAAUCCUUGCUGCUUGAGAGCUUUCGCAUUUAUUAAUAUUUGUUUCUUAUCAGAAAACUUUCUUGGUUGCUGGCGUCUGCUGCCUGAAUCUUUGUCACAUUUUGAACCGUGUGGAACGUAUUUCACGUGGUAGUUGGCUUAGGGCAUCGGCUUUUCUUUUUGGUGCAAAGUCUCUGACGCCUCUUGACCAUGGAGAUCGCUGCCAUGUUCACUUUGUUUUUUCUUUUUUCUCUAACUUAGUUACAGGUUGCUUCUAUGGCUUCUUCUUUCUUUUGCAUGUUUCAUCUUUCUGUGAUUUUGAUUGCUUUUUUUUUUCUUUGCUUUUUAUGAAGUGAUUAUUUUAUAAUAUUUUUUUCAUAGAAAAAUAUUUAAUGCAAAAUAUAUAAACACGAGGCGACCAUUCAUAUUAUACUAACAUGUGAGAUUCAACCGUAUGAUAGUACUAUUAAAUCAUUGACCAUGUAUGUGAAAUGGGGGAUUUUCCCUGUAGUCAAAUUUUAUUUUCGUUGACGAUAGCCGCCUUAAAGAUUCCAAGUUCUCUUUUCUCUUUUCUCUUUAAGAGCAAGCUCCGGCUUGAUUGGUUCAUUUUUUUUCAUAUUAUAGCAGAGACCUUUGCCUUAAAGCUUUCUUUAUUGGGGCUUCACGUUAAAGAUGGGAAUGAAAGGGAAUAUAUUGACUGGAAUCAUCAUUAAUCUCUAGAAAAACGGUGAUUUUUGUAUCUUUUCCACGUUGAAUUAUUAUGUCUGUGGCUACUUGGGUUACUUCUCUUUCAUGUUCAAGCUCUGUGAUUGAAUCUUCCAAGGAGGCGACAUUUCUUCCAGUUAUAUUCCAAUGGCUGAGAUUCAUUUUCCUCUCUCCAUGUCCUCAAAGGGCUCUUUUCUCCGCCGUUGAUGUCUUGUUCGUGCUCACCCUCCUAUGCUUUGCUGUUCACAAGCUCUAUUCUAGAUUCUCAAGCAACAGGCAUGGCAGCUCCGACAUCAACAAGCCUCUCAUAAGAAACAACAGGACCCUUCUCAUGACCACCGUAUGGUUCAAACUCUCUUUGAUUGUAACGGCUGUGUUGGCGUUUUCUUACACCAUAAUAUGCAUUCUCGCAUUUACUAGAAGUAGCCAGCAGCCUUGGAAGCAAAUCAAUGGAAUCUUUUGGCUGGUUGAAGCCAUAACUCAUGCUGUAAUAGCAAUCUUAAUAAUCCACGAGAAGAGAUUUGAGGCUGUCAACCACCCUCUCUCUCUUCGAGCUUAUUGGUUUGCGAAUUUUAUCAUCAUUUCAUUGUUCACUGUGUCUGGAAUCAUUCGUAUGGUAUUUGUUGAAGAGGAUAAGUAUUUGAGGCUGGAUGAUAUAGUUUCCUUUGUUUCUUUCCCAUUAUCAGUUGUUCUUCUAGUUGUCGCCAUUAGAGGUUCAACUGGUAUCACAGUGACCAGAGAACCCGAACCAGCCAUGGAUGAAAACGAACCGCUAUUAAGCAAACCCAAAGUGAGUGGCUUUGCUUCAGCUUCAAUAAUAUCAAAGGCCUUUUGGCUAUGGAUGAAUCCUCUGCUGAGACAUGGCUACAAAUCCCCUCUCAAAAUGGAUGAUAUCCCGACAUUGUCCCCACAACAUAGGGCCGAGAAGAUGUCGAAGCUGUUUGAAAUGAAUUGGCCUAAACCGGAGGAAAAACUGAAGCACCCUGUUCGAACGACAUUGCUACGGUGCUUUUGGAAGGAAGUUGCAUUCACUGCGUUCCUCGCAAUCGUGCGGCUUUGCGUUAUGUAUGUUGGUCCUAUACUGAUUCAAAGCUUUGUUGAUUACACAGCGGGGAAAAGAAGCUCUCCUUAUGAAGGAUACUAUCUUAUAUUGAUUCUUCUCGUUGCUAAGUUUGUGGAAGUGUUGACCACUCACCAAUUCAACUUCAACUCUCAGAAACUUGGGAUGCUCAUUCGCUGCACCUUAAUCACUUCUUUGUACAAGAAAGGGUUAAGGUUAACCUGUUCUGCUCGUCAGGCUCAUGGUGUUGGACAGAUCGUGAAUUACAUGGCUGUUGAUGCUCAACAGCUAUCUGAUAUGAUGCUGCAGCUCCAUUCUAUUUGGUUGACUCCUUUGCAAGUUUCUGUGGCCUUGGUGCUUUUGUAUAGGUACCUUGGGGCUGCCAUGGUCACAGCGGUGCUCGGACUUCUCGGUGUUCUUAUCUUUGUGGUAAUGGGAACUAGAAGGAACAACCGUUUUCAAUUCAACGUGAUGAAGAACCGUGACAUGAGAAUGAAGGCAACCAAUGAGAUGCUUAAUUACAUGCGGGUUAUCAAGUUCCAGGCGUGGGAAGAACACUUCAAUAAAAGAAUCCAAUCUUUCCGUGAAACCGAGUUCGGAUGGCUAACCAAAUUCUUGUAUUCAAUCUCUGGAAAUAUCAUAGUAAUGUGGUCAACACCAUUACUGAUAUCAACCCUCACAUUUGGAACUGCACUUUUGUUAGGAAUAAAACUUGAUGCAGGGGUAGUGUUCACAACAACAACCAUCUUCAAGAUCUUGCAGGAGCCAAUCAGGAGCUUCCCACAGUCCAUGAUCUCUCUUUCACAAGCAAUGAUUUCAUUGGAGAGAUUGGAUACUUACAUGAUGAGCAAGGAACUGGUAGAUACAUUAGUGGAGAAACAGGAGGAUUGUGAUGGUGGAAUUGUUGUGGAAGUUAAAAAUGGGGUGUUUAGCUGGGAUGAUGAAAAAGGAGAGCAGGUUCUGAAAAAUAUAAAUUUAGAGAUCAAGAAAGGGGAGCUUACUGCUAUAGUAGGGACAGUAGGAUCUGGAAAAUCUUCUCUUCUGGCUUCUAUUCUUGGUGAGAUGCACAAAAUAUCAGGAAAGGUUAAGCUUUGUGGUUCAACUGCAUAUGUAGCUCAAACAUCUUGGAUUCAGAAUGGAACCAUUCAAGAGAACAUCCUGUUUGGUCUGCCGAUGAACGAGGAGAAAUACAAGGAAGUUAUAAAGGUUUGUUGCUUGGAGAAAGACUUGGAAAUGAUGGAGUUUGGUGAUCAAACUGAAAUUGGAGAACGUGGAAUUAACCUCAGCGGUGGCCAGAAGCAACGGAUACAACUUGCAAGAGCUGUUUACCAAGAUUGUGACAUCUACCUUCUUGACGAUGUCUUUAGUGCUGUUGAUGCUCAUACAGGGACAGACAUAUUUAAGGAAUGUGUCAGAGGAGCUCUCAAAGAGAAAACUAUUUUGCUCGUAACCCAUCAAGUGGACUUCUUGCACAAUGUUGAUCUUAUCAUGGUGAUGCGAGAUGGGUUGAUAGUACAGUCAGGGAAGUAUAAUGAUCUACUAGACUCUGGCUUGGAUUUUGGAGCUUUGGUAGCUGCGCAUGAAACAGCUAUGGAACUUGUUGAAGAAGCAGGCAACAGCAUACCUGGUGAAAGUUUCCCCCAAACAUCGAAAUCUUCUCAGGGUGUUACCAACCAUGGGGAAGGAAAUGGUGAGGAUAAGUCUCAAGACCACCCAAAAUCUAAUAAGGCGGAUUCAAAGCUAAUCAAAGAGGAAGAGAGGGAAACUGGUAAAGUCAGCUUGCAUGUUUACAAAGCGUAUUGUACCGAGGCUUUUGGUUGGUGGGGUGUGGCCACAGUUCUGUUAUUAUCGUUGUCAUGGCAAGGUUCUCAAAUGGCUGGUGAUUAUUGGUUGUCAUAUGAAACUUCGGCUGAACGUGCUAGUUCAUUCAACCCUUCAGUAUUUAUUUCUGUUUAUGCCAUCAUAGCAGCCAUAUCUGUGGUGUUGAUAGUGUUCAGAGCCUUUUUCGUUACAAUUAUGGGGCUCAAGACGGCCCAAAUAUUUUUCAGGCAAAUCCUUCAAAGCAUCUUGCAUGCCCCUAUGUCCUUUUUCGAUACCACACCUUCAGGAAGAAUUUUAAGUCGGGCAUCAACUGAUCAGACCAACGUUGAUAUCUUCGUUCCAUUUGUCAUGGGGAUUACUGUUGCUAUGUACAUUACACUGCUCAGUAUCUUCAUAAUCACAUGUCAAUAUGCUUGGCCCACAAUAUUCUUGAUAAUUCCUCUUGGUUGGCUGAAUUUCUGGUAUCGGGGAUACUACCUUGCAUCAUCUCGUGAAUUAACUCGCCUUGACUCGAUUACUAAAGCUCCUGUCAUUCACCACUUCUCCGAAAGCAUCUCUGGCGUUAUGACAAUCCGUGCAUUCAGAAAGGAGGAUAGUUUUUGUCAAGAAAAUGUUAACAGAGUUAAUUCCAGUUUACGCAUGGAUUUCCACAACAAUGGAUCCAAUGAAUGGUUGGGAUUCCGUUUGGAACUUAUUGGGAGUUUGGUCCUCUGCCUUUCUACCAUGUUUAUGAUCUUUUUGCCUAGCAGUAUUGUCAGGCCAGAAAACGUCGGGUUAUCUCUUUCAUAUGGGUUGUCCCUCAAUAGUGUGUUGUUCUGGGCUAUAUAUAUGAGCUGCUUUGUGGAAAAUAGGAUGGUUUCUGUUGAAAGAAUAAAGCAAUUCUCAAGGCUUCAGCCAGAAGCAGCAUGGCAUAUCGAAAACCGCCUUCCCCCUCCAAAUUGGCCUUCCCACGGCAAUGUUGAGCUCAAAGACCUCCAGGUUAGAUACCGUCCAAGCACGCCUCUUGUACUUAAAGGCAUUACUCUGAGCAUUAAUGGUGGUGAAAAGAUUGGUGUUGUGGGUCGGACUGGGAGUGGAAAGUCAACUUUAAUCCAAGUUUUCUUUAGACUGGUUGAGCCAACAGGAGGGAAAAUAAUAAUUGAUGGCAUAGAUAUCUGCAUGCUGGGACUUCAUGAUCUUAGAUCACGCUUUGGGAUCAUCCCUCAAGAACCUGUCCUUUUUGAAGGAACUGUGAGAAGCAACAUUGAUCCUAUAGGACAGUUCUCUGAUGAAGAGAUAUGGAAGAGCCUUGAGCGCUGCCAGCUUAAAGAUGCGAUUGCUUCGAAACCUGAUAAACUCGAUUCAUUAGUGGCAGACAAUGGUGAUAAUUGGAGCGUGGGGCAGAGGCAGCUUUUGUGCUUGGGGAGAGUUAUGCUGAAGCGCAGCAGGCUUUUGUUCAUGGAUGAGGCAACUGCAUCCGUUGAUUCACAAACUGAUGCCAUUAUCCAAAAGAUCAUCAGAGAAGACUUUGCUGCCUGCACAAUUAUCAGCAUUGCUCACAGAAUACCAACAGUCAUGGACUGUGAUCGAGUUUUAGUUGUCGAUGCAGGAAAGGCUAAAGAAUUCGACAAACCGUCACGCUUGCUGGAAAGGCAGACACUUUUUGCAGCAUUGGUUCAAGAAUACGCCAACCGCUCUUCUGGACUAUAACCAAAUCUUGUGGAGAAUUUUUCACUCAUAGAUUACAGGUGCCUAAACUCCCAUAGCUGACUAUAAUUUUUACGUACCAAAGGUACCAUGUAAGUGAUGUAGUUUCUCUUAUCUUACUGCUUAUUAACCUGAGCAUACUUUCAGCUAUGGAGAAUGUUCUAUUUACAAUUAUUUAGCAAGUCAUUAUGGGUAUCAUUAUAUAAAUUUAUUAUUUUAUAUA